AUGAACGUGCUAGUCUAUGCUGCCCUGUACGGAUGUUUAAUCGCGUCAGAGGGAAGGGUUACACAUUUUAAGACCGUCUCUGCGACGCCUUUACGUAUUAUUUUUAACCCUUGCAUUGCAUCUGGGGUUGCAGGGCUGCCGCUGCAGCUGCAGUGCUACCACUGUGAAGAAUACUCACUGGACAACGACUGCUCCUCGCCGCAGUUCAUUGUGAACUGCACGGCCAACAUCCAGAACGCGUGCCAGAAGGAGGUGCUGGUCGGCAGCGACGGUGUGUCCUACCGGAAAGUCUGCGCUUCCUUCACCACCUGCCUGAUCGUGUCGGCGGGGUACCAGUCCUUCUGCUCCCCGGGGAAAGUGGGCUCCGUGUGUAUAAGCUGCUGUAACACCCCUCUGUGCAACGGGCCGCGCCCGCCUCGGAUCUCCGCGGCCGAGUCGCUGACCCCGGCGCCUCAGCGCACGGCUCUCUCGCUUGUGAUUGCGCUGCUGCUUAUCACGGACUUGGUUUAAACUCGACACGCUGAUUAUGAAUCUGCCCGUUUUUUACAUAAUAUAAAAUCAACCAAUUCUUUGAAAGUAAAGGAAGGAAUCAGAUGGAUUUGAAACCCCUCUCCCUAUCCCUAUCACCCAAAUGAAAGACCGGCACAGCAGUGCAUUAGCACGCUGCACCACGAGUAACGCAGACUCACCUGGGCGUGAAAUCAUUAUUACAUUUUGCGAUGUGGACCUGGCGAGAAAUUGCGCUUCAUUGUGACUUGAACUGGAUUCAAAUGCAAACCUUAUUGGUCUACAAGAUAAUUUAAACAAUAUUCUGAAAAGCGAGGGAUUGACACCCGUGCCUCAUGUGGGACUUGAACAGAUUACCCUGGGAACCAGUCCAGUUCUCUACCAACUGAGCCAGCCAGAGUUUCUUAACACACGUGUAAAAUGCCAACUCGGUCUUCAAUGCAUUCUUUGUACAAGAUGUAGAGGCAGACUGAGGCUGGAUAACAGUUACAAGACAAGACCUGAACCACAGCGCUGGGGUUUACUUAUCAAUUAGUAUUAUUAAUUAGCUCUAUAGCAGAGAACACCAGUUGUACUGGACCUGGGUGUUGCUCUGGGUGUCAUGGCAACCGCAGUCCCCCCCCCACCCCCCAUAUUUGAAUAACCAUAAUAUUGAAAAUGCCCUAAUUUUAAAUAUCCAUGAAGUAUCUGAACUAGCCCCUAUCAACAAAGACAAACAAGUCAGUAUUUCGUUUUAAUCAAAGUUUAUUUUAACAAAUGAACAUUUCUCUUUUAUUUAUUUUUUAUUAAUGCACGAUUUAUAACCCCAAUCCCUCCCCCUCAAAAAGAACAAAAAAAAAAAAAAUCUUCACAGCGUUAGAGAUAUGGUUCACUUUUCUUAUUUUAAAAUUGUGAAACUGAUCCUCAGCUAUCAAAUAAGACGUAUUAUUUUCUCUCU